AUGAGUGCCCACGCACAGGUGCUGGGUGAGCAGGAGGUACCGGUGGAGCUGGUGCGCCACAUGCUCUCUUUCCUCGUCGGCCACGCCGAUGACGACAUAGCCCCGUGGGUCCGCACCACGUGGGCCGUGUGCCAGCUUUGGCGCUCAGUCAGCCUCGACCUUGUGCGCGACCACACUGCCCGCCUAUGGUCAUCCCUUCCCCCACCACACCCCGACCUCCGCUAUGCAAAAGAGGAGAAGUGGGCGAGCAGGGAGCCCACGGGCACGGUCAUGUACAUGUGGCGGCGCAAGGACGGCAGGCCCGGCGCUCCGCCCGACUGGGCUGAUCACCACCUCGUGGCCAUCAGCGAAGCUCAGGACUUGCCGGUGUUUAGCAGCGAUGAUGAGGAUGAUGAUUACGAUAACGAUCCAUACUACCGGUCGUCCGUCAAAGAGGAGCUCCUCACAGCCGGGCAGAUGUGGAGCAGGAGGCCCUGGGCCGAGCUCUUCACAUGCUUUGUGAGCUGUGGCUGCUCGUCACAGACCUUCGAUGCCACAGAUGGACCUGUGGCAUCGGUGGUGCGGCUCCUACUGUUCGCCUCCGGCGCCAGGCCAGCGAUGGCGCUCUACGAUCAGUGCCAGGGUGGCGCUCCCACCGGUCCCUUCAUCACAACCGACUACGCGGACGUCAAGCUGUUCAUCACCAUCCGGCCCUCAGCCGAGGCCUGGCUUCCCGUGUCUCCUGCUGCUGCUGCUGCUGCUGCUGCUGCUGCUGCUGCAGAUGCUGGACACUUGGCUCGUGUUGUGUGCGUGCACUUCCGGAGCGCGCUGCGCUGCAGCCAGAAGGGCGCAAUAGCCUCCUACAGGUGGAAUUACGCUUGA